AACGCAACGCUUUCAAUUGAUAAUCACGGAACUGAAGUACCCCACUCGGACUCCCAAAGGCCUAAACCUAGCUAGGGAAGGCUCCGAGACCUAUGGACACGAUGAACGGUCCCCGGACUAUCAUGGACUUUUUCCAAAGACCUUCGGGUCUGAAAUGUCCCAUUUGCGGAGACGCCUUUCCCAAGUUGGCGGAUCUGAACCGUCAUCUCGACCUCAACAUGUGCCAACCGUCACCCACUCCCGAGGAGGAGCUCUUUGACGACUCGGAUCCCGAUCCUGAUUUGCAUGACUUGGUUGUGCUCACCCCGCCCCCUAAACACCACCACACCCUCUCCCCGUCCCCUAGCUCGUCUCCCUUGAAAGCCUCCCCCACUUUAAGCAAGUUUCCCAAUCGGUUUGGCACGUCCCUGGAAGCUUUAGGGCCCAUUCAAAGAACCUCUCCAAGCUCCUCGAAGGCCCGAAACAAAGCCCACCGAUUCUCGCCCUUGAGUCAAAUCAGCUCGCCGAAGAAGGUCCCAAGGGCCCUGUUCCUCAUGGAAUCGCCUCCUCAUGUACCCUUGACCCAGAGCAAAAAACAAGAUCCCGCGCAUGUACCGUAUUAUUUGGUCAAUUUCGAGUGCAUUUUGAAGGGCGUGAUUGAAGAAACCGAUGAUCGAGACUUGUUGGAUGAGACUGAGUUGGGAUGGAUCCAAGAUUUCCAGCGAUUAGAAAUCAAUGCUAAGAAACUCUAUGUUCGGUUGUUUGGUCGCAAAUUCGGCUGGUUGACGGCCAAUAAUAUUCGUUAUGAAGAAAUUGCCAACUUAUCUCAAGCCUUGAAAGACUUGCGAGAUGUUCGAUUUCUGGAUAGUGGGGCCGAUUUGGCCGAUCUGGAAUCAAUUUUGAAGCUCGUGCCCGCACCCGAGAUCCGCUUGUUGUGCAAGGAGUUCAAGAUUGUGGCCCAAGGGACGCAAAAAGCGGAUUUCAUUCAGGCCUUACUCAAGCAUUCCCGACGAAAGUCCUUCUUUUUGUCGUCCAAUGGCAAUUCCAUGGAAAAAAUCCUGCGCCGAAAAGCCUCUCAAAUGGUAGGCGAAUGCUUCAAAUUGGUGGACGAAGUUCGGAAGGUGUUCCUCAGGGUACUUUCAUUGUACUCCUUGACGAAUUGGUGGGAUGAACGGGAGAAUGAAAAAGGCCAACCCCAACAACUGACCACUCUUUUGUUGAUGAAUCAAGGCAAGAUGGUCUUCCCCCCGUAUAAAAUCAUUCGUCAAAGGAAAAUCUUCGAGUCACGGUCAGAUCUUUUGGCCUUUGAGGAAGCGUGUGUGAUUGAGGCGAGGAUGUCCGAGGCUUUUGAUAAGAAGGAUUGGUUGAUAGCCGAGGACAUUUACCACGAAGCUCUGGCCAUGUUCAAGGCCACAUUGGACCAAUCUGAAUACCAAGCCAAGGCUGAAAAACUCCCAGUAUUUCUAAGAAAGUUCACUCGAGGCGCCAUCUUGGUAUACGUCUUGACCAAGAGUGUCGAGGUUCUGGAGCGGAAUAAAAAGCAUGAUCAGGCUGUGAAACUCAUCCAAACCCUUUUAGAGCAGGAUACGUACUUGCCGGAUUAUCGAGGGCACUGGUACGAACGAUUAGUACUAGACCUCGACCAGCAUCUGAAGCAACCUCUCGAAUCCAUUCGCCAAGUUAUGAACGGGCUCAAUGACGCCAAUGUUCGUGAAGCUCGGAAACUGUCUUUGUUCCAAAGGGUCGAGAAGAUAUGCGGGGCCAAAAAGAACACCAAACUACUGCCACACCUCAAAACUGCCCAAGCGCGCUCGGAUUGGCUGAAUCUCGCGGAAGCGCCCAAGGUCGAGAUUCAAGGCCGUUUGAUGCCUAAAGACAACCUACCCGGAGCUAAAACCGUGUUUCUCUUUGAACACGCCGAUCAAAGACUAUUAUGCUCGGUGGAGGAAUACGUCCGAGAAUACUACAAAACCUUGGGCUUCUCCCAAGGAUUACACGGAGAAGGGGCUGUUGUGAACACGAUCUGUGCCCUGCUUUUUUGGGACAUUCUCUAUGAUCUAGAUAUCCCGGAUGCCUUCCGUAGUCCCAGUCAACCCGUACCGUUGGAUUUUAACACUGAUGACUUUUACUUGGCCAGAAAACCCCAGAUUGACGAUCGACUGGAUGAUCUACUCCACUGGACCGAUCUGGAACUAAAUGAUUGGGUCCAAGAGCGAUGGGAACAGUCUCACGGUGUGAUUUCAUUGGUGAAUUGGGAUCUUUUUCACAAUGUGGAGCACAUUCUUGGUCUGAUUCACUGUUUUAAACGGGACCAAUUGCACGGCAUCUGUGAUCGACUGAUCAAGAAACAUCGCUACACGCGCUCGGGUUAUCCGGAUCUCACACUGUGGAACCCGGAGACAAAAACGGUCGAGAUUGUCGAGGUCAAAGGUCCGAAUGAUCGAUUAUCCAACAAGCAGAUCCUUUGGCUGGACUAUUUGAACAGUUUGGGUGUGAAGGCUGUCGUUUGCCAUGUCGUCGCGGUGGGCGGGAAGAAACUCUCCUCCAGCCCUUUUAAGAUAACACGUGGGUCUCCUCAAAAAGCACCCACACCCUCAUUGAGCUCAACUUCGCCCCAAACCAUAGGGAAGAAACGCAUGGAAUCUCAUCAUCGAUCGGACGCUAGCCGCUCCAAGAAACGUAAGUCUAACACUCUUAUUGACUCCGAUGACGACUUUGUACCUUGA